GUAUUUUGUUAACCACGUGCUUCCUAUUGAAUCACUUUAUUUACACCACAGACUUAGAUAGUUUAUGUUUACACUGACUUAACCGCCAAAUAUAGAUUUAAAUAUGGGGUGACCGAUAGUGAAUAUAUCAUCUGAUGAUCAGUGCCAGAAUUUCAGGAUUAGUUUCUAAUUGUGACAUUUGAUCUAUUUUAGAAUAUUAUACCGGAUUGGGGACUAAAUUUGUGACUUUAUAGAAGUUUCUUAUCCUUAUGUUUUAAUUUGACUUGCAUCAGUUUUUAAUUAGAUGCUGAAAAUGACAACUGGGAUUUUAUUUGUUAUAAAUUUCUGGAAGGGGAGGAGGAAAGACAAUUCAAAAGACUCCCCCACUCCCCCUGUCCCAGAAGAAGCCAGACAAUAUUUAGAAGACAGUUGUGUACGUGAAAGAGUUACAGAUGCAGAUUUCUACAAAUUAGUUGCAUUACCUCCAAGUGUAGACUACAAUGAAUGGUUAGCUACACAUUCGAUCUCAUUUUUCAACCAUGUCAAUUUAAUGUAUGGUGUGAUCUCGGAAUACUGUACAUCGGAAUCUUGUCCUUCAAUGACAGGCCCAGGAAAUGUGCAAUUUUUAUGGUAUGAUGAUAAAGGUAAAAAGUACAAAAAUACAGCACCUCAGUAUGUAGAUUAUUUAACAACAUAUGUACAGAAACAAAUCUCAGAUGAGUCGUCAUAUCCAACAAAGUUUGGUCAGCCAUUUCCAAAUAGUUUAGAAGCAACGACCAAAAAGUGUCAUAGACUAUUAUUCCAUGUUUUAGCACACAUGUAUCACGCACAUUACUCAGACUGUGUAACGUUAGGAAUACACGGACAUUUAAAUAGUUUGUUCACACACUUUAUGGUGUUUAACAUUAAAUUUGACUUAAUGGAAGACAAAGAAACAGAAAUUCUUCAGGAUCUUUUAGAAGCUUUAGUCAAACAGUUACCUGACCCUAAUCAGAAUGAUGAUAAGGAAACCAGUGAAGUUACACGAUCGUAGCAUGAUUUGUAUGAAGGACGAGAGAAUGUUGGAGGCAUGAAUGUUUGGUGUGCUGAUUUCUCCUGUGAAGUGUCAAAAACAGCCAAAUCCAAAUGUAAUAGAUGUUGUUGUUGGAUCUCAGUUAUAUGUAGUCUAUGUACUUUAAAAGCUUGUGUAGAAAAUCUUAUGUACUUUAAAAGCUUGAGUAGAAAAUCUAUGUACUUUAAAAGCUUGUGUAGAAAGUCUGUGUACUUUAAAAGCUUAUGUAGAAAGUCUACCUUCAAACUUGUACAAAAUGUAUUCCAGUCAGAACUUUUUGUGGCCUACUUUAAAUUAAUUUUCAACACAGUUUUAUUUGCUCUAACUUUUACAUAUAUUUAACAUAAGGAAUUUCAUCAUUGUCAUUAUAUAAACUAAAAUAGAACUUCGGAUAAUUGAAGCAGAUGUUUUAAUAAGGUUUUAAAUU